AUGGUUACUAAAACCCUAACCCUAGAGUUGGCAUUUCCAAAGUAUCCGGGGCUCCGACCAUCCAACGGUCCAAACCUAGCGAACCCAGAAAAUGCGCAAUAUGCGAUAUCCGUUCGGGACUCUAACGGUAUCCAAAUUGAGAUCCGCGAAAUCCUACGCGCUCAUGACAUCAAGGGAAUCGCAUUGGGACAAAAAUGCCCUAGAGCUACAGUGCCCACGCUCCGGCAGCGCGUGGGUGUCCAAAGCGAUACCCUUCGCCGGAAAAUCUCCAAAUCUCGGCUCAAGACUCCUAUCCUAGGUAAAACACUCUAUUUGGAACCAUUUUUGUUCUUGGGCAUACCCCAAAAACUGACCCGAAGUGGCCAGAAUCUCAUCCCGAAAUCCAAUUCGAAAAUCGAGCUACCUACACUCAAAAUUGAUGCAAUCCUAACCAACCAUCAGCUAGAUCAUGAAAAAUAG